AUGUGUGAACAAAUUACCGACAAGAAUGUCAGCUCAUUAGUAGAAAAACACGACACAUUUAUAUUUGACUGUGAUGGUGUUCUUUGGAACUGGCCACACGUAAUACCGGGUGCUGUUGAUCUAUUAAACAAAUUAACAGCAUUGGGUAAACAAAUUUUUUUUGUUACAAAUAAUAGUACAAAAACACAAGACGACUAUGCCAAACGAUUUGCUGACAUUGGUUUUAACGCAGCCAAAAAGGCAGAUCAGGUGCCGUCAGAUCUACAAGCAAUCAAAACAGAUGAAGUACAAUUGGAUUCCGAUAUCACGUGUGUUAUUAGUGCACUCGAUUUACAUAUGAGCUAUUUAAAAGUAUUAAAAGCUGCUACCCAUUUGAAACGGAAAGAAGUAUUAUUUUUGGGUACAAACGAUGAUGCUAGUUUACCAACAAAUGAUGAAGUAGUGAUGCCAGGUGCUGGAGCAGUGUUAGCCGCUGUCACGGCAGCUUCAGGACGAUUGCCGACAAUACUUGGUAAACCACAUACUCCAAUGUGGAAAGUUAUUCAAGACGAAUUUAAUUUGAAUCCAACAAAAACAGUCAUGGUAGGCGAUAGAUUAGAAACUGACAUUGCCUUUGGAAACAAUCAAGGUUUAACAACAAUUUUAGUUUUAACUGGUGCUACAAAUGAGUCUCAUGUCAAUGAACUAAAAGAACAAAAAACAGACAAGAGUAAUAUACCAAACUUUUACAUAUCAGGUGUGGGAAAAUUAGCUCAAUUAAUUAAUGACAGUAAAUAA